CUUAUUAACCACUAGGAAUAAGAAAUGCUCCAUUUUACACAGAAUAACCACACAUAAAAUCUAGUCAAAGAUAUCAGUGGACAAUUAGUUCGCCAUCACUGUGUAAUUCGGUUUGGAUCUAGUACAAUAAUAAUUGGCGGGAAAACGAACUGUGGGGGACGUGAUUAACAACUGAUGCUUUUAACAACAACACGACGUUUCGCCCUGAACAGAUUUGACAGAUGGACUUAUUUGAAUCAAUGUAGUGCAUAUUACUCCAUACGCUCAAAUGAUUCUUCGGAAGAUAAGUCUCAACAGUCUUGGUGGAGUGGGAAAAAUGCAUGGAAAAUAGGUUGUUUUACUUUGGCAUGUUCCAGUUUGUUUGCGGUUGGGUUUGCCGUGGCUACUUGGGGUCCUCCGAAAAAGGAUGAUAACGGAGUUGAAAUUGAAGACAAUUUUAGUCGAAAACCAAUUAUCUGGGGCUAUCUUUGUCGAACGUUCAGUUCUCUGCUUGAAUUUAACCAAAGCAUAAAGGAUCCUGUUAGUGAAAAACUCCUUCCAGAUCCAGUACAACCUCCAUAUUACCAACCACCGUAUACUCUUGUUCUGGAGAUGACCGACGUGCUUGUUCAUCCCGAUUGGAAGUUUCGCUCAGGUUGGCGUUUUAAGAAAAGAGCAGCCUUAGAAUUGUUUUUGCAACAGCUAUCUCCUCACUAUGAGGUUGUUGUCUAUACAAACGAAUCGGUAAUGAUUGGAGGUCCUGUCUUGGCUCAGAUGGAUCCUCAAGGACAGUUUAUUCACUUUCGACUGUUUCGCGAAGCAACCCGCUAUAAAGGAGGAAAACACAUCAAGGAUCUAUCAUGUCUUAAUAGAGAUCUCUCUCGUGUGGUGUUCGUUGACUGGGAUCCUGCUGCAGCUCAGUUGCAACCACGCAAUGCACUGAUUAUAAAACGUUGGGAUGGCGAUGAGUCAGACAGAGAAUUGAUAGACUUAGCUGCCUUCUUAAGAAUGAUUGCAAUGGGGAGUGUAGAUGAUGUUCGCCUUGUGCUAGAUUACUACAGAGAGUUUGAUGACCCUUUAGCCUUCUUCCGUGAAAAGCAUGAAGAACUUAUGGAAAUUCAAGCCAAACGUAAACAGGAAACAGAAAAAGCUUUAUCGAAACGCAUUCGACCAACAUUUUCAUUUACUGGUAUGGCUAGAUCCUGAUAUUAUUGAUUUUACCGGCAAUACCAUCUCAGAACGUUGUACAGGAAUAAUCCUCAAGGGGAUUUCGAAAUUCUCUUGUUUUAUAUAAAUAUAAUCUUAUGUGCUUGAAUUUUUCAUUUUUAAACCAUUUAUGGAGUUAGAGUUUCCUGCCCGUGGUAAUUUUUUAAAUUACAAUUUAUCAAGUGUCAUCAUACAAUUAGGAGCAAUUCGACUUCAUUUGGUCAGUACAUUCGCUCUGUAAAUUGUUGCUGCUUACUUUAUACUUCCAUUAUUGCAAAUGUGACACUUGAUGAGGUUGUAUAAAUUUUCCAUUUGAAGCAAUAUUGAAUAAUAAUAAGUGACAUUUUUUAAAUUCAGAGCUGAAAUAUAAAAACGUCAUUUGUUUUGUUAUAAA